CCAAUUUUUCCCAUCAUCCUGCAUGAAGAAGGUGAAGGCGAGUGGGUUCAUCAACCUGCAUAAGCCUAGCGGGCUGACAUCGCAUGACUGCGUGGCCAAGCUCCGCCGAAUCCUCAGGACGAAGCGUGUGGGGCAUGCAGGGACGUUGGAUCCUAUGGCCACUGGCGUGCUGCCCAUUGCAGUGAAUCGCGCGACGAAAUUCAUUCAAUUCCUCGACAAAUCCAAGGCGUACGACGGAACCAUUCGAUUUGGGAUCACAACUGACACUGACGACAUCACGGGGAACAUCCUUCAUGAACAUCCCGUGCCCUGGCUAACCAAGGCUCGAAUCGACGACGAACUCAAAGCGUUUGUGGGCAACAUCACACAGCGGCCGCCCAUGGUGAGCGCCUUUCGAAAGGAUGGCGAACGUUUAUACACCCUUGCAAGGGAAGGCAAGAUACAACUGGAAGACGUACCCUUGCGCAACGUGACCGUGGAUUCUAUCAGUACACAGGCCUUCGAACCCCAUCCUUCGUUUCCAGAGGCAACCAUUCGCGUCGUUUGCAGCGAAGGUACAUACAUUCGAUCCAUUGCAAGGGAGUGUGGAGAGCGCAUCCCCAUGCUGUCGUCGUCCUCCCACGCCGACACGACUUCCUACGUGGGGGCGACACUGUCCAUGCUGCAUCGCGUCCAGAGCGGCGGCUUUCUCAGCUCGUCGAGCGUCAAGCUAGACGAGAUUGCUGCCGCCGUCAACGCUGAAACGUUUGACUUGGAGCCCAUUGAGUCGUGCUUGCCGACGUCGUUUCCAACGUGGACCGUCGACGCAACCACGGAAGCGCGAUGGAUUGGCGGCAUGUCAGUCCACUGGUUCGACGACAUGGCGUCUAAUGCCAGUUCCUUGACCAACUGGCCGGCCAGUGAGACCAGCCGCCUCGUGGCCGUUUACCGCCACGACGGCAACCAGUUUCUGGGCGUGACGACUCUGACGCGAACGAACGAGUUGGAUCGAUACGUUGUCACAGGACCACGCGUCAUCGUCGACCCAUUGGAGUGAACGCCACCAUCACCACAACAAUGUCACAGAUCAUGUUGUUUAUGGCUGGUCCAAGUAGUCUUCGGCACGACAUGUCUGGGCGGUGCGGAUAUGGCGCACCCAUGAGGCCCGCGCCGCCGCCGUGGCCACUCGAAACCGGUACAGUUUCGGCUCCUUGACCACCACGACCUUUUUCACCACGUUCGUCGAGCCCAGGAACGCAUGCAUGUCAUCCAACAUGGUAGACUCGGACGAUGGGUCGACUGCUUUGUCGUUCGUCAUGUCGUUGUUGGGAGAAUAGCUUUGAACGAUGGACACGUUCACAGGAAGGAUGACGUCCUCCUCCUCCUUCUCAUCUCCAUCCAAGGAGUCGGCUUGGUAGGGCGGUGGAGGCACUUCUAGCACUUGAAAGCAAAAUCCUCGCUUUCCUGGGAUGUCCA